AUGAUGGCGUCCUCGAUGUUCCUGACGCCGCGAGCGUUGGGCGCCUACGCCGUCGUUAUCCUCCUCUUCCUCACCAUCCGCCAGCUCGGUACCACCCACGCCACCUACAACACUUCAGAAUGGAAGGGGAAGGUCUCCCACCUGACAGGCUCCUCCGGCCCCAAACCCGCAAACUCAACCCUCGAUUUCCAGGAAAUCGUCUACAUUAGCAUGCCUUACCGCACCGACCGACAAGACGCUAUGGUGCUCACCGCCGCGCAGACGGGCCUCAAGCUCAACAAGAUGAUCAAAGGUGUUCCUUCAGCGGACGUGCACGAGAAGGCGCGCCCGCUGACGAACCAUCCCGGGGAUGAUCCGAAGAAGCCAUGGUUGGGCGUGUGGAGGGCGCAUGCUGAUGCGUGGCGGUACAUGAUUGACAAUGACAUCCAGAGCGCGCUGAUUAUGGAGGACGAUGUUGACUGGGACGUCAACGUGAAGGAGGUUUUUGGGCUUUGGAACUGGCAGAUGAAGAACAACAACUCGCUCGCUGAGAACCUGGGCAGGGGCAAGAAUGGCGAGACGUGCGAGUAUGGCUGCGACUGGGACCACCUGUCCAUGGGCCAAUGCGUCUACAAGGCCCAUCCAACCGACCACACCCACUUCUCCUACAACGACCCCAACUCCCCCGCCAUCGGCUCCUUUGCAAAGGAUAACAAAAAGGAAAUGGUCGAGACCUGGAAGUACAAGCCCGAAGACGCGGGUGUGCGUCUAGUCACGCCUUCGUACGCCCCGCUGUGCACCAUGGGAUAUGCCAUGACCCAGCGCGGCGCGCGUCGCGCCCUGUACCAAAUCGGCGGCUUUCUAGCCAUGGACAGUCCGAUCGACUUGGAGUUUAUCCAGCAUGCCAAAGACGGCCGUCUAAAGUCGUACACCAUCUCUCCGCCCACGCUCGUAAAGUGGAAGGUCUUCGGCCCCGGCGACACCGACAACGACUACGGCUUCGACUUCAAGGCCAAUCCCGACCAGGACACUACCCAGGGCGGUGGCCAGAGCAAGGGCCUGCUCAGCAGCGCGAGGCAGGCGCUCAAGGCGCUGGAUGGCAAGUUCCAUACGUGGAAGACGGAGGACAAGAAGGGCGAUAAGAAGGGUACAUAA